AUGGGUCCUGCAAUUCUCUUCUUCCUCGGGCUUGCAGCUAUAGCACCAUCGUUACUCUUGGCGGCACAAACCUUGGGGGGCUAUUCCAUGGCCAAACCCUCAACAAUUUGGAUCAACAACGAUGUUUUCUUUGAAAGUCGCAACCGCUACAGCCGUGACAUCGUCGCCAUAGCACAAUCACAAGCUCACUCUGGCAUUGCAUCUUAUAUUGCCGCAGGGUUCUUUUGUGUCUCCUCUUCCAUGUUCCCAUGCAAGGAGUUCCUCUUUGCGGUAUCCAUUGCAGCACCCAUUGACACCAUCAGCAGCAUUCAUAAUUCCCAAAUAGUUUGGUCAGCGAAUCAGGCUUGCCCUGUCGGAGAGAAUGCCACCCUUGAGUUUACCUCGGAUGGAAAUUUGGUCCUCUGUGAUGCUGACGGUGGCUACGUCUGGUCAAGCAAUAGCUCCGACCGAUCUGUUACUCGCAUGGUGUUAACCAAGUUUGGCAAUCUGGUGCUGCUUAAUCACAUGAAUGCAAUUGUGUGGCAAUCAUUUGAUCAUCCUACAGAUACAUUGGUCCUCGGACAGUCGCUUGCCAAAGGUAUGAGGCUCACAGCAAACACUUCUGCAACAAAUACUAUCGAGAGAGAGAAUCAGUUAUAUAUCACUGUACUCCCAGAUGGAUUAUAUGCUUAUGUUGGAUCCACGCCACCACAACUCUACUUUUCAUAUAUUUAUUCGUCUCUGGUUGACCACAUGGAAGAAAAUGAUCUACAGAAGGUUACGUUCAUGAAUGGAAACCUCAGCAUGUCAAAUAUGAAUGAUAGCAUCUCAUUGCCAGCAGCAAAAUCCACCCAGUAUUUGAGAUUAGAUUCAGAUGGACACAUGAGGUUGUAUGAGUAUGAAUUGUAUGAUGAAAAAUGGACUGUCGUGCAUGAUGUAAUGCGAAUCAAUGAUUGUGCUUACCCAACAGUUUGCGGGGAAUAUGGUAUAUGUACUAGGGGGCAAUGUGGUUGUCCCGUUGAUAAUAAUUCAAGUUCAAGGUACUUUAAGCUGCUGGAUGAAUGGAAGCCAAACCUUGGUUGUGCACCGAUAACUCCAAUAUCUUGUCAAGAAAUAGAACACCAUCAAUUAUUGACCAUUCCGAACAUUUCUUACUUCGAUCAAAACCCCACAGUUGUGAAUGCAACAAGCGUCGAUGACUGUAAGCAAGCCUGCUUGAAGAACUGCUCAUGCAUGGCCGUUCUGUUCAGAGAAGGAGAAUGCGUGUGGGUAACGAAGGUCUUCUCCUUGCAAUCAAUACAACCUACAAAUGUUCUUUACAACUCCUCAGCUUACCUCAAGGUGCAGCUUAGCCCCUCCAGGGAAAACAAAAUGAAGGCGCUGUUAAGUGCUACACUUGGUGCUAUUACUGCUCUAAUAUUAAUUUUCAUUAUUUUCACUCUUUACCUACAAAGGAGGAAGCAUGAAGACAAAGACGAAGAAUUUGAUUUCAGUCAAUUGCCUGGAAUGCCAACGAGGUUUUCUCUUGAGACACUGAGUGAAUGCACAGAAGGAUUCAAUAAGAAACUUGGAGAAGGUGGGUUUGGGUCGGUUUUUGAAGGGAAAUUAGGUGAAAUAAGAGUUGCAGUGAAACGUUUGGAAGGUGCUAGACAAGGAAAGAAAGAAUUCUUGGCAGAGGUCGAGACUAUUGGCAACAUCGAACACAUUAAUCUUGUCAACCUGAUUGGGUUUUGUGUUGAGAAGUCUGAGAGGCUUCUGGUUUAUGAAUAUAUGUCAAGAGGCUCGCUUGAUAGGUGGAUUUUUUAUUCCCAUAACAAUGCCCCUCUUGAUUGGUCGACUCGGUGUAGGAUAAUUAUGGAUAUUGCCAAAGGCCUAUGCUAUCUUCAUGAGCAGUGCAGGCGAAAAAUUGCUCAUUUGGAUAUCAAGCCACAAAAUAUUCUCUUGGAUGAAAACUUCAAUGCCAAAGUCGCUGAUUUUGGACUGUGUAAGUUAAUAAAUAGGGACCAAAGCAAGGUAGUGACUGUGAUGAGAGGAACACCUGGAUAUCUGGCACCCGAAUGGUUGACGUCGCGGAUCACUGAAAAAGUUGAUGUCUACAGCUUUGGAGUUGUCAUCAUGGAAAUAGUAAGUGGAAGAAAAAAUAUUGACAACUCUCAACCCGAGGAGGACGUUCAGCUUAUAAAUCUAUUGCGAGAAAAGGCUCAAAAUGAGCAAUUGAUUGAUUUGAUUGAUAAGCAUAGUGGUGAUAUGGUUUCAUACCAGGAGGAAGUGGUUCAAAUGAUGAAGCUCGCAAUAUGGUGCCUGCAACAUGAUAGCAUUCAAAGGCCAUCAAUGUCACUCGUAAUUAAGGUAUUGGAAGGUACUAUUAGCAUUGAAACUUUCGAUGCAGAUUCACUCUUGUUUGUUCAAGAUAAUCCAUCAACAUACUCAAUUCCAUCUCAAGCAUCGAUAUUAUCUGGCCCAAGGUGAAAUAAGUGGAUAACGAGGAGAAGAAAUUCAAAGUAUAUAUAUGCAGUUUUG